GACAUUUGAUCUCCAUUUGGACACUUGAUGUGCCAAUUUCAUUUGCAGAUUCACUGCGGAAAGUUCACGCAAAAGUAGUCUAUGGAGGAGUUCUUUUAAACUCACCUGAAUUCCUUUUGAGUAUAGUGUAAUAAGAAAAAUUUUCUGUGGAAGUGUAUAGUGUGUGUAUGGGGAGAGCUUUUAGCAAUUUUUUUUUUAAUUUGUGGUCAAGACAUUCUUAACAAAAUUAGUGCUUCGAAAGGGAAAUGUGGAAGAAGAAAAUUCCAUCGAUAAUUUGGUUCCUGUGUCUCUGUGCCACAUUUACCACUGCCAUCCAAAUAGAUAAUCGACUAGUGUCUGCACAAAAUGAUUGCUUCGAGAGGAUCGCCCUGGGGGCAAUGAUGCCCUUCGACAGCACCUUCAGGAAUACCGACACCAACUUGCUGAGGACAUGUGAGGAGCUGUGUGCCCGCGAAGGCACCAAAUGCCAGACUUUUGCUUUCGGGAUUCAUCCACGAGGAAAUGGCACGUGCCAGCUUUCAUCGCAACGAAUUGAUGCGAGUAAAUCACGUCCUGUGGGCACAAUCUUCGAUCCGGAUUUCGAUAUGUACGCGAGGAAGGAGAACUGCCUACCAAUGCAGGGAACAACGAGUCAACUGCCAUUUCCAGGUAAUUUUCCCGGUGGCACCGAUCGCCCUGCCCAAUUCCCGCCAUCAUCAACAUCCGCCCGCCCAGGAGGUCCUCCCUUCACAUCCGUGGACUCCACCGAAAAUACCCGUCCCCCAUCAACCCCAAUUUAUACCACAACAGACACCACCGGAAGCUCUUUACCCACAACAGGAAGUACCGGAGAUACAACAUACAGCACACAAACUACAAAUCGCUACCCCGAGACACCAUCCUACCCAUCCACAGAGGGUUACCCCAAUAGGCCACCAAAUAGACCCCAAUACGGAGGAACAAAUUAUUCGCCCACAAAUGGACGACCAUACGGACCGGAAUUCCCUUCUCAACCAGCAGGACAACCAGGAAGGUAUCCCGGUCAGAGGCCAAUAGAUUCAACACCUGACUCCAAUGCAGGGCAAUCGGGAUACUAUCCAGCCAUUAACCAACGACCAUCGCACCCAAAUGCACCGCACAAGAUCAAACCCCUGGGACCUCUGGGGCCCGUAGCGCCUCUGGAUGAGCGAGACAAGUACAGACCACGACCAAUUAAUGUCCCCGCGGCGGGAGACAGAGAAACAGGAUAUGGCGGCAACUCAGGGCAACCAAAUCGCGUGGAAGGCGGCGGAAGUGGCGGGUACCAAGUCACAGAACUCCCCAGUGGGACAGGUGCUCGACCCACGGAUCCCUAUGGGAAUCCCUCAAAUAUGUACGAGAAGCCGGUGAAGAAUGACAAAUACAAACCACCAACUGGUGGAGGAGCAUAUGGACCAGGUUAUGGCUCAAGUGGAGGAUCAGGAUAUCGCCCAAGACCCGAAACACCUUGUUUCAGAAGAGUUCUGGCCGGGAAGAGGGUUGCAUCGCAUUGGGUACGAAGAACUCUCUCCUGUGAAAGAGUCGAGGACUGCCAGCGGGAGUGUGGAGAAGAGAAGAGAUUCAUCUGCGAGGGAUUCAACUACCGCCUUGAUCCGUCGGGACGUGGUCAGGGUAAUUGUGAACUUACAGAAGUUCCUCUCGGUGAGAUGGAUCUCUACUCGAGUCCCUUUCAUCGCGACAAGAACCUCAUCAAUCAUCCCGACUACGAUUACUACGAGCGAGAUCGCAGCAAUUCCCCAAGCUGCAAAAUGCCCACAGGAUGUGUAAAUUGUGGCUUGAAGCCGUAUCGUCCGCCACCACCAAGUUACGGCGGAGGAGGACCUCCUGAUUACUUCAGGCCAACAACAUUCCGCCCUCAGAUCGACAGCUAUCCUGGUUAUCCGCCAGAUCGCUAUAAACCUGAGACAAGUGGCUAUGGGGGGCAUUUCAGACCUCCCACUUCCGAUUAUAAUCGCUACGAUGUCUCCACAGCGGUGGAUAUCUACAGACCACCACCUAAUUAUCAGAACUACAAACCUUAUGGGGUUGAUAGAUAUGACCAAUUUCGUCCAUCCCGUCCAGAACGUCCGUCGUUUACUGGCCCUCCAAGUGGGUACUAUGAUCAUGAACGCCAGGAUUAUGGGCGACCUCCUCCUGAAUCCUUCUACCAACCACGACCAGAUAGCAACUACCGGCCUAGACCCUCCCUGAACAAACCUCGUCCAAGCUAUGGAGGAUCCUACGACGGGGAUGGUUACAGAGAGCGCUAUCCACCACCACGUCCUGCCUAUAAUUACCUGGACAGAGAUGAUAAACCAACAGGAGGAUCCUACAAGCCACAAUCGAAUUUUGUUCCCUACCAAAUUGGCCAGAGCACAUACGGGGGAGCCUACAGUGGAAGUACAUCCGGUUCCUACUGGGGCAUUCAGCAGCAGUACGAAACAAAACGCCCUGAAAGUAAUCAAUUCAACUACUUUGAACUCGGUGGGAAUCAAAAGUACUCCCAGCCUGAGGAAAAUAGCAUCUGGGGCUAUCCAGGAAGUCGCUAUGGACCCGAUGAUAGACCCACGAGACCCCAAAGGGUGGAUUAUGGAACACAGUGGACCCGUCGUCCAGGUGCCGAUGAAUGCAGUGUGAAGUCAAGUGAGGGCUUCCGGCUCCACAAGGGGGUCGUGAGAUUGGCCUACGCUGUGCCGAAUGUGCGUGAGUGUGAGAAGAUGUGCGUGGGUGAGGAGAAGUUCAAGUGCUACACGUACAGCUAUCGCUAUUCAGGCGGUGCCAGGGACAACUGCUUCCUUUGCGACAGGCCCUACAAUCUCCUUGAUUACUAUGCUGAUCUCGAGCCAGACAGAGACUGUGACAUCUAUUCCAUGUCCGAUGAUAUGAAUUCCUGCACAAAGCAACCAGCUAGGGAGGAACAAAAUAAUGCUCAGUGCUUUUUCAAGGCAAUCGACAGCAAUAGAUUCUUCAAGUCCAUCGUGAGGGAUUCCCUGACGGUUAAAUCAAUUGGAGAAUGUGAAUGGGAGUGCAUUAAAUCCACCAAAUUCACGUGCAGAUCCUUCACCUUCCGAUACCGAGCUCAUGGGCAUGAUUCUGUGAUUGAUAACUGCCAAUUGUCAGACUGGCCGUGCAAGGAUAUUGAUAAGGAUCGACAUUUGGUAGCUGAUCCUACGUUUGAUAUCUACGAGAGAGCAAGCUAUGGACAUGGGUGUGAACUUCAGCCGAUUGUCGAUGAGAAGCAUCAAAAAUGUAAUUUUGGGAGCUUUUUUUUUAAUGUAGUCAAAGGAUUAAGAUUAAUUGUUGGAUUAUUUCUUGCAGUGUGCUACCUGGGAUACGGAUCUCCUGCUAAGCUUCUUUCGUCUGCAAUUAAGAAAGUAAUUUCAGCUCCAACGGAGUUAGAUUGCAAGAAUGAAUGUAUUAGAUUCCGGGAGACAACGCCAUUUAAAUGCUACUCCUUCAGCUACGGAUCCCAAGCUUCUUCCUACAAUUGCGAGAUGUCUGAUCUGGACCAGAGUGAGCUGAAGGUCAAUGUUCACUACACCCACACAACAGAUCGCGAUUUCUGGCUCUUUGCGUGGAAUCCCUUUGACUUUACGUGCAGGGACAAGGUGACGUCAGUUAGUGGGAAUCGCAAUGAUCGCCGAAUGGAUGUCUUCCGUGAACCGGGUGAGGAUCCCUGGCGCCACUUCACUGUGUCCGGGAAGCCCUGCCGCAAUGGGGCUAAAUGUGAGCAGAACAUCGUCACGGGCUUCUAUUCUUGCGAAAUUGAUGGCGGGGAGAUUGGCUCGUGGGACUACUGCUGCAAAGAAGAUCAUCCCUGUGGGUACUCUCAAGGAUUUGAUUAUCCCUGGUGCUACGUAGGUGAUAAACUGGAUCAGUGGCGAACAUGCAGUGAUCGCUACUUCCCGGGAAAGCCAUCGAGCCAGCUAUCGACGCACCCAACGAAGAAGAAGGGCGAAAUCUACCAGCAACCACCGCGUCCUGGUGGCCUGCAGAGCCUCGAGGAAUUCUCCGCAGCACGUCUCUGGCCAAUUACCUUCCUCUACAACGAGGGCCCACCAAAUUCCACGGAACUCAGCAAUGUGGUGGAUUGCAAGAAGGAAGAUUGCUGAUCCCGCACCCGCAAAUCACGUUCCAUUUCUUCGUCGCUCUCUAUUUAUACUCCGAUUCCGAGUUUCAUGCUCAACGUUCUCUGUAAUAACUUUUGAUUUUAAGAAUAAAAAGAGAUUUUUCAUCAA